GGUUUGUUACGGAUUCGGCGAUAAAACUAAUUCUUAUUUAAUCGUAUUGUUAUUAAUAAAAAGUGUGAUUUAUGCUUACAACCCCGUGUAGUUUAAGUAAUCGCUUCAAAUCUGGAUGACAAUACAAUGAUCGCGGCAUCUGAACCGUUGGAGUUUGUGCCGCAUGGUCGGACCGUGCUAGCAAAGCAUCCGGAACAAAUCUAUGGGAAGGCCAACUCCUCGACUUCGGAGAACUCGCUGCUGUAUAAGUUGACCAACUUCGCCAUAAAAGAUGAAAGCUUACUCGAGACUAAGGAGGAGCAGGAAUGGUGGAGUGUCCGGGAGAUGUAUUAUAAUGCUAAGAAUGAUUUCGAAGAAGACCCACAGAGCCCCAAAGACCCCAAAGAAGAGGGUAUGUCGGACUCAUUCCAACCGACAAGCCGUCUCAAACAAGACUUCAACUUAUCCAUCAAGUCAGAAAUGUCCGGUGUGAAACGGAUGGAUACGGAAUCGGCCCCGGGCCCGUCUAGAGCUAGCAGUGCGAAUAGCUCAAGUAAUAUCUCGAGAAGAUUUAAGCUGGAUAAUGGCCACGGUGCUCCGAGAAAGAAGAAGUUUAAUCCGAAGACUGAUUGUUGUUAUGAGGAGGAGUUGUAUGUUAAGGGGUGUACAGCAGUGUGGUCCAAAGGUCUAAUAUCCACACCGGCCACCAAACUCUCCUCCGCAGAGCACAGGGAAACCAUCGCCUGUUACACCAUAGACAAUCCGAUCCAACACGCCACCUUCGCCGACUUCCACGUCGCCAUAAACAACACCAUGCUCCUAGACGCUCUCAACUCACAGAUCGGAGACGUUAAAAAAAAUAUCAAGAUCGAAGACUCCACAGCGCAUCUCACUACAACCGUCAUGCCUUCGAUUUUACUAAUAGACAAUAAGUGUUUAAGAGUAUAUGCCACGGAUGGAAGAGAAUAUAUGUCUAAUAUUCCCUUUCAAGUGAAAAAAGUGUGGCCGAUGAAAUAUGGAGUGCUUUUCGAGAAAGAAGCGACACAGUUAAUGCAAAACUCAAUGCUGCCAACGUCCUUUUCAAAACUAAACGAGUCUUAUAACAGUACGUUUUCCAAAUCGAAAACUUUUGGGAAUAUGAGCGCGAAGCUAAGACAAGAAUCGAUUUCAGGCUACGAUCACGACGUGCCUUUACCUACUUGCUUUUCACUAAGCCAUCCUUUAGAUGAAGUCUGCCCUAUAUUAAUUAAAUCGCCAUCUCACGGCCUACAGUAUUACAACGAUGGCGAUUUGCAGAUAAUCUUCGUGAGCGCAAACCCAAGUAUAAUCUUACUAUACGACUGUAAACUAGCAACGCAUUCUUUAUGGAAAAUUCGGAAAACAACAAGAGACGAAUGCUUAUCAAUGUGUCCGAAUUUGAAUUCAACUACAACAGUUUUCAGCCAAUCGGUUGACUUUGGAAGCCCGAUGCAUAGUAACAUAGGUCGGAACACAACGAAUCCUUUAACAGGCAGUCCGUUCCAUUCGAAACGCCUCGGUACACCGUCCAAAUCGAGACUGGAAAGCCCGUUAGCAAAUGUGUUUCACCAGCAAGGUCUAUCGCCUCACCAUUCUAUCGGACAGGCAUCUUCUACAUCCAUGAUGGCGAACAACGUUCAAACACCACCGACUUUGCCUUUAUAUCCGGAUAUCUGCCUCGAUCACAUCUGGACCGACACCCAGACUAUCCGGAGAGAUCCUAUAGAAAACGCAACGGAUAUGAAUACGUUUUUACAUACAGAUUUAAUAGGGCAUGAAUAUUUAUGUUUCAUGGUAAAAGUAGCGGGUGUGAGUAAACUACAGAUACUGAGGCUUCAAAAAAGCCAUUCACACGGACAGUUGUGUAAAACCAAUCUGAUUGUGGGCACGAUCUCGACAGUUUUGGCGAAAGAUGCUGUUGUGUUGGACCAUUUGAACAUGAUUGCUUUGAUAGAUGAAUCGGGGAAUAUUAUUUUGCAAAGCGGGAAUCAUGUUGUUGGGAAGGUCCAUGUAGGCGGUGUUCUAGCGCGCCUAAUAGAUUCGCCAUACACAAAACGUACAGCAUUCCAAUCGCCGUUCCCUAGGCGAAGCAGCUUGCUACCAUCACGUUGUAACGAAACCUUUGACGACUCGGCGCUACAUUUGUUGUCGCCUGUACCCCAUGUGUCCGCGUCUAGAGUGGAGAAAGAGACUCUGGGCCUAAAAGGUAUAACGGACGCGUGCGGUGCCCGAGCGACUCUAGUAUUUGACAACGGUUCGAUGUACCGUAUCUCCCUACCUGUGGUCGCCUGUUCUAGACUGUUGGAAUACUGUCUAUGCGCGUUGCAGGCUUUACUGCCCAACGAUAUCACUAUACAAGUGAUUAUAAAAUGGUACGGCGUCCGAAACGCGCCUGGCACACAAGACCUGACCCCGCCACAAGAGUGGUCCAUGUUUUCCAACCUAUUACUCUCCCUCAUCGGCUACGACGUCGAAAAUCUCUCCCAGUCACACUGCGACGAACCAGAGCAAGAGGUCGCCACCAAAAAACAAAGGACCUCGAGCGACGGAACCACAGAAGACUGGGAAUACCUUCUGAAUUCAAAACUACACAAAGCCGUUGGCAAUUCGCUGUCCGCCAUCUUGAAUAUGACUCUGCCUUCAGGAGAUUCUAAAAGACGAUUAAAAAAGAAAGAAACUGAAAAGCAAGCGCAGUUUAACACAAACGCGCUCCUAUUCCCAUAUACUUUACAAGUAUUAUACGCGUUUCACUUAAUAUAUGAAGAAAUAAAGUUAAACACUUUAUUAUUCAGUGAUUUAAAGCCUUUAUCGGCAUUUUUAUACCAAAUAGCUAAAGAUCUACGUCUAGAUGGAUACGUAAAUCAUUAUUGGCUAGAUUUUCCUACGGAUUUCAGUAUAGAUUACAAUAUUGGUGACUCGCAGAUGGCGGAGAGUGUUUUUACGAAGUUGUCUCAGCCUAAUUAUUUUAAUAGUGAGCCGCCGAGCAUAUUCAGCUAUUUGAACUCGAUGAUGAAGGAUGUGGAUGUCGGAUAUUAUCCGUAUUUGACGGAUGUUAAUGAGAUGUCUAAGGAUCUUAUUGAGAUAUUAUCAAUAGUCGGCAACGGGCGAAAUUGCGGCGUCCAAACAAUAUCAAGACGAGACAGUAUGGCGGCCAGCACACCUCGCUCGCGCCGUGGAAACACACAUUAUCAAGCAGUACUCGCCAUGGUCGAAAGAGGUUUAACCCCCCGAGACCUGGACAACCUCCCCCCCGCGCUGGCCCUAGCACUACUGAGCGUGUGCGCGCGCUGCAAGGCCGCGCCGCCAGCCGCGUGGCCGCCGCCCGCGUGCGCGCUGGCCAUGAGGGAGGACUUGGCUAGGGAGGAGGACUUGGCUAGGGAGCUCAAACACAAGCACGAAUAUAUGGAGUCACUCGCCCUCGAGGUACUGGAGAAAGAGACGGCAUACUCUCUAAACAGUGUACCCUCAGAGGAACCUCAGUUGAAGAACGAAGACAGCGACACCAACACCGGCAUGGAGCAUCUUAACACUAAGCUCCUUAGCCUGCUGUAUCCUAGGGACCAUAGAAUGGCUGAGGUAUUCAACCUCCUUCAGUCCUCUAUACCCGUGACCAUCGACCUGACGCAGCGCCCAGAGGUGUCAGACCACGACUUUAUCGAGGAACAGGAGAAGCAUCUAUUCGCCAUCAGCACAAGGACUAUGGCGCUGCCUGUUGCCAGAGGCAUGUUAACCCUCCGCAGCCUGCCCUGCGCGCCAACAGAGCCGCUAACCCUCCCCGCGCUGUGCGUGUCCGGCCGCGCGCCGCCGCCGCGCGCCGCCACCAUCGCCGGCGCCGACCCCGGCCCGCACACGCUGCUGUGGCCGAGCUUCCAUAAUGGCGUCGCGGCCGGCCUAGCACUGGUGCCUAUGACUGGAACUAGCAUCGACUCUAGUUGGGUCGUGUAUAAUAAACCUAGGGGCACACAGGAAAUGUCAACCGAACACGCGGGCUUCCUGAUGGCGUUAGGAUUGAACGGGCACCUCAAAGAUAUGCCCUUCAUGAACAUGUAUGAAUACCUUGUUCGCUGCAAUGAAAUGAUUAGUGUGGGACUGCUUUUAGGCAUAGCCGCUACAUAUAGAGGUACCAUGGACCUCCAAGCCACGAAAAUGAUGAGCAUCCAUCUUGAAGCCUUAUUGCCUCCAACGCACGUGGAAUUAGAUAUACAACACGGAAUAUUAGUAUCUGCAUUACUAGGACUGGGUCUAGUGUACCAAGGAACCCAACAUGCACAUUUGGCGCAAGUGCUGUUAAUGGAAAUUGGCAAGCCACCCGGCCCUGAGCCAGAAUCGUGCGCCGAACGUGAAGGUUACGCCCUGGCCGCCGGUCUAGCCCUAGGGCUAGUCUGCGUACGCGCCGGCAAAGACGCGCAACCACAACACGCCACAGCUCUGAGAACGUACAUGCUCGGCGGGGAGAGGGUUAGCAAGCCAGGCGCCCAACGCGACAAAUUCAAACAAAGCUCGUCGAUCCGGUCCGGGUCUGGCGUGAACCUGGACGUGACGUCACCCGGCGCCACGCUAGCGCUCGGCCUCAUCUACCUGCGCUCCAACAACGAGGCCAUCGCCGGCUGGCUGGCCCCGCCCACCACUGCCUACCUGCUCGACUUCGUACGCCCCGAUCUACUCAUGCUGAGAAUCAUCGCUAGGGGCCUAAUAAUGUGGGACAGCAUAGAAGCCAGCGAGGAGUGGAUCGAGAACCAGGUGCCUUCCACCAUCAGGCCUUACUGCUUCGUCAAGCCCACCGAUGAGAACAUCGACUAUGAAGCCAUGAACCAAGCAUACUGCAACAUCGUAGCCGGCGCGUGCUUCGCGCUCGGCCUCCGUUUCGCCGGAUCCGGCGAUAAGGACGCCAGAGACGCCACAUUACACUACACCAGGCUUCUCCUCACGGUCCGGGGCAAGAGUAUAGCGGAGCUGGCUGGACGGUCUACGUUGGAAGCGUGUCUGUGCGUCUGUCUUCUGUCCGCGGGAAUGAUAAUGGCGGGUCGGGGUGACAUCGCGGUGCUGCGCUACUGCCGGCGCCUGCGCGCGCGCGUGCCCGCGCCUCCCCCCGCCGCGCAGCAGCCCGCCGCGCCCGCGCCCGCGCUCACGCACGGCGGACAGAUGGCAGUCCACUGCACAAUAGGCCUGUUGUUCUUGGGGGGAGGCCGGGGCACGUUGAGUACUGCACCGGAGGCCAUCGGCGCACUCGUGGCCGCGUUCUUCCCCAAGUUCCCCACUCACAGUGAAGACAACAGAUAUCACCUGCAAGCGUUCAGGCACCUCUACGUGUUGGCCGUGGAGCCCCGUCUCAUUUUACCUCGAGACCUGAGCACAGGGAAACUAUGCUACGCCCAUAUACAGCUCAUCGAUCUCAAAGGCGCCGUUCGCGAAAUGAAGGCGCCCUGCAUCAUACCUGAACUAGACACACUGAGGGAGGUCAGGGUGAAUGACCCCCGAUACUGGCCGAUAACAUUCCAGCGAGAUCGCAAUUGGGACCAGUUGAAAACACUCCUAGAAUACACGUGGUGCAUCGACAUAAAACAGCGAGCUGGUUGCCUCUCCUACCUGGACGACCCGCACGGGUUCCUCUCCAUCCUGGCGCAGACCCUGACCCUGGACAACACCAACAUCUGGUCCGUCACGCCGGAGAAUAUUGAACUCUUCACCAAUGAUGAUAAGGUCCGCAACUUCGUAAAGCACUACCUCUCCAAAGACAGUACGUCGUCCAUCUGUGCAGACUGUCUGCUCAUACAGAAGAAACGGAAAGGAUUGAAGAACGAAAGCUUUUUGCCGAAGCAGUGCAUCUGUAGGACUUACAGCCGCGAGGAGCGCGAAUAUGUCCAAAGUCUCAGCAUGGUGACGUACGAGUGUGUUGUGAAAGACAUACUCUGCGCACUGCCAAUAUGGACCACAUUCUUGAAGAUAAUAAAAACAAUGAAAUCCGAUCCCUCCACCUACCACAUCUGGCAAGUAAAGCUGCUAUUGUCCCAAAUAGAAGCCCACAACAAGCGAGCCCUCAACGACAUGAAGAUCGACGGCCAAGACCAAAACGAACCCCUAAUGUCCAGCGAAUUCACCUUGGCCAUCAAACAGAAAGUCGCACACAUCUUUGACAGCUGGGAACACAAAAUAACACCAUACCUAAAGAAGUACCUAGGUCUACCUAGUACUAGAAAGAUAUCGAAUACGGAUGAUGACAUGAAAAAGAUUCUAUGCGCGUUUUUGAUAUUUCACGAUUUGCCGCGGAACGUGUUGAAAGGGGCGGAUUGUGAGUUGGAGGGAGUUAUGGUAAUGGAGGGGUUGAGUUUGAGUGUUGAGGCGGUUUAUAAGAUUGAGUCGAUGUUGAGAUGAUUUAAUGUUACAAGAUGUAACUUGGACU